CUUGUGGCAGAUGGUUACGUAUGUAGGUUUACUGGUGAUUUAGUGAUGCUAAAGUUAUUGUGGUUAUGGAUAAUUGUGCUAACAGAAUAUAAUGAAUACGUUAGUUCUCAAGAAGUCCUCAAUCCUUACUUCCAAUUUACGGGGGGAUCCGAUCCUUUUAUGGGGAUUUUAGUAACAGUGGCAGUUCCUGUUGAAGCUGGGACGCCUGGAGAAGUUUUACUGUCAACCCUUUUGGAAGCCAACUAUGUGAUUCCAAGUAACCAAACUCGGUUUACCUACCCACCAGAUUUUCCUACAGCUGCUUCAGGAAGGAUGUUUUUAUAUGAGUUAUUUAAAAGAAAAAUUGAGGACUUUGGAUUUUCUGGAAAAAAUUGUCUGCUAAGGGCAAUAUGUGAAUCAGCACAAAUGAGCAGCCAACAUACAGGUCUCCUUGGUGAUAUUCUUCAUAUAUUGUUAACGCCAUCUAGUUCCAAAAUGGAGAAAGAACUUGUUGAAUACGAAGAAGCUGAACAUCAAGGAAAACAAAACACAUGUGAAAAAUAUUAUAAGAAAUGCCCCCAUAGCAUAUUAGACUCUAUAACACGUGUCACUAACGUAGUAGAUUAUGAAGCUACCAAAUAUUUUUCAAAAAAUAUUGUCAAGCUAUUUUAAUAAAACAUGCUAAAAAUU